AUGAGAUUCUCAGCACUCACCCUUUUUGCCGGAGCUUGUGCAGCUGCAAGUCUUCCAGCCAUCAAAGUUAAGGGAAACGCAUUCUACAAUUCUGAGAGUGGCGAUAGAUUUUACAUCAGAGGUGUGGACUACCAGCCUGGCGGAUCGUCAAACUUGACGGAUCCGUUGGGAGAUGCCGAAAUCUGCGGUAGGGAUAUCCCAUACUUCCAGGAGCUUGGUUUGAACACAAUCCGUGUUUACUCUGUUGACAACACCUUAGACCACUCCGAAUGCAUGGAGAAGCUUGCCGAUGCGGGCAUCUACUUGAUUCUUGAUCUCAACACACCAGACGCAUCCCUCUCGCGUCAUGAUCCGGGCUGCUCUUACAAUGCAGUUUACUUGAACGAGGUGUUUUCGACUGUUGAUGAGUUUGCCAACUACACCAACGUUUUGGGAUUCUUCGCAGCAAACGAGUUGGUGAACAACGAGGCCACGUUGGACACAGCCCCAUACAUUAAGGCCGUUGUCAGAGACACGAAGAAGUACAUCUCGGCCAGAAACUACAGGCAGAUCCCUGUUGGAUACUCGGCAGCAGAUGUUUCGUCUUUGAGAAAGGAGCUUGCCGAUUACUUGAACUGUGGAAACGACAGCAAUGCCAGAAUCGACAUGCUCGGUGUUAACGACUACUCAUGGUGUGGCUCAUCAUCGUUCACGACCUCCGGAUACUCGGAAAAGGUCAAGAUGUACACCGGCUACUCCGUUCCGAUCUUCCUCUCCGAAUACGGUUGCAACCAGGUUCCUGGCUCCAGACCUUUCACCGAGGUGAAGUCCAUCUACUCCACGCAGAUGUCUUCAGUUUUCUCCGGUGGUUUGGUCUACCAGUACACGGAGGAUUCUUCCAAGUACGGAUUGGUGCAAGUUGAGUCCGACACCUCGGUCGAGACUUUGACCGACUUCGACAACUUGCGUGAGGAGUUGAACUCCACCGAGGAUCCAACGGGAACUGCCGGUGCCUCAACUUCGAACUCGAUCUCGUCGUGCCCAACAAACUGGAAUUUCAGCAUUACUGUGCCAACUGCUCCAGACGGACUCGCCAAACUUUUGAAAAACGGUGCCACCGGUGGAAAUGGCUUUGAUGCAAGCACCCAGGAGUCGUGUGGAGACGAUGCUUACUACGUGAGCAGCACUGUCAAGACAUCCAGCACGCAAUCCAGCAACCACUCGACUGCCGUUUCUUCAUCAAGUUCUAAGGCCACCUCCACUUCGUCGGCAAGGGCCACUUCAUCCAGCUCUUCGACCUCAAAGGCCAUCGCAGCCCAGUUGAAAACGCAUGGCUUCACUGCUGUUCUCACCUUCAUAGCUGCCGUGUUCUUCUAUUGA